AUGGCCCUAGGACGGAAAGCGAAAGCAACGAAAGAACGAAGCCAAAGACGGGGAGCGACAGAGGGCGUCGGGAAUGGCUCGGGGACGAAUUGUGGGGGAAUGGUGAGUCGGUGGCGAGCUGGUGCUGGUGCGGGGGAGGGUCGGUGUGGGAGGGUAGUCCCCCGAGGGCCGGUGAGGGCGCGCCCCCGGCUUAUUAAUACGGCGGCACUCCCGGGCCGCGUGACGUCACCGCCUGAAAUACGCGCGCAGCGACGCGCCGCGGUCAACGACUCCCGAAAUAGAUGCACGCCUCGCACGCGCACCUAUAGGAAAUUAAGAACCGGUCGCGCCGACGACGACGACGGCCGCCGA